UCUUUUUUCAUUUCUUUACCUUAAGAGGCCAUAUAUUUUGCAUAAUUUUGUAUUCCUUUUUAUUUCUUUCAUUCUUUAACUUCAUUUAUAGGGUGACACACAUUUUGUCUCGUUUCUUUUAAUCACAAAUAGAGAUCUUUUGAUAAUUUUCUUAGAAAUCCUUUUGUUUUUGCUAUUGUUCGUAUCCGACGCAUUUUCCAUUUUAAUCCUUAUCGAUUAACAAUCUUUAUGACUUUACCAUUUUUUGAACGUGUUUUUGUUGUUGUGUUGAAAUUGAUCUUUUUGUUCGUAUUUGGUUUUCGGAACCAACAAAUCAAAUGCUAAAGUAUUCCUUUUUUUCUUCUUUCUAGUUUUUCCUAUUCAAAUGCAGAAAGUUCGUAAAUUCUCUAAUUAACAAUUGCUGAGUUCCAAAUAUGUAAAUUGGCAUAUGCUAAUUUGUAACUUUAUUGGUCAGCGAGUGCAUAUUAGUACGAAUUAUCUCCAAAUAUGUAAAUGACCGAGAUUUUGCUUUUAGUUUGAAGUGCUUGUUUAUGGUAUGCUAGUGGAAUUCAACCCGUCAAUUGCCUGUUAGGUUGGAAAGAUAUCCCUCGUUACAAUAGUUGAGAUUGGACUUUCACCUUCAAUGAAGUGAGUUGAAUUGCCUAACCUGCUUACUUUUCAUUCUAAUAUGAGAUUGUGUUUACUUGUGCACUUCUGUAGGCGAAGAAGAUGACUUCCAUAGGAGCUAGGAAAUAGGAAAUGCUCCAUGGACUACUUUGGAUGGAAGUUCAUAAAUCCUUGGCUUGCUUCUGCUCAAUUUCGGAAUCAAUUGAUGAUGCGGCACUUGCCUUCCAUGUUUAAUAUGUUUACAAGAGGUACUUUUUUCCUUCCCUUCUCUCACCCUCCAUCUGCCCUCUUUUUUUUCUUCUUAUUAUUGAUCUUGGUAGAGCUUGUUUAAUAAGCAGUUGUUGAUAACUCAAUAUGACUUAUACUUCUCUUUUUGUUGAAAUUACAGGGAGAUGCAUCAUUUAUUCAAAUGAUGUGAAGAAUGCUUGAAGAUACUAAGUAUAGGCUUGCUAACCAUUGAGAUCGUUUAAAUAUUCAGGAUGAUAAUUGUAUUAUGGAUAUGUGUAGAAGUAGAACACAAUAUUAUGUUUUUGCCACUUUUCGUGAGAAGAUAUCAUUUUUGGAUUAAGAUUUAGAUCAAUUGAAUAUAAUUUAUGUUUUCUAUUGUAUGCUUUGAUUUGUUAAGUUUAAUUUAUAGUUAGCGUUUAACUACCAUAUAAAUUAAAGUUUGGUUUAUAACUGUUCACAACUCUCAUUCAGCUACCAUAGGCUAAAUAGUCUCUUAAACAUACCUUUUGGAAACCAUAUAAUAAGAGUUGCCUAACUAACCAACCUCCACAGAUUGUUUGGCGACCAUAAAAAAAAGGUCGCCCAAACCUCUCAUUUGACAACCAUAAAUGAGAUUGUCGCUUGAAACGUCACCCUGUAGUUGUUCAAACUCUAGAUUUACGCCAACCAUUUUAUAUCGUCGCUGAAAACAUGUAAAAGCCAACCAUAAAUAGAUCGUCGCCAAACUGGUGUUCUGCCAACUAUACCCUAUGGUUGCUUAAAGUAUACAUUCAGCGACCACAUAUUAAAAGGGUCGCCUUGGACCUAUGCCAACGCAGUAUUGCCGACCAUCUUGGCGACCGUCUUUUAUGGUCGCAGAACUGUUUCGGCAACCAUUUUUCCGUUUCAGCGACCAUUAUUGAUGAUUGUGGAAAGCAUAAUUUCUUGUAGUGCUUUAAUUACCGGAAAAAAAAUAUCUUGUGCUUUUUCUUGCCGUUCUUGGAAUUAUGUCGUAUGAGUUAUAUUUUGUUGAUUGUUUUAUACGAUACGAUUACAGUGCUAUCCUCCACCUGCCGCUAAGCGCAAGCGAGCAAGCAUAUCUAGUGAGAUGUUAAGAUUAAACCUCUUUUCUUCUUUUCAAGUUAAUUAAUUAGGUGGGGUCGUGGCCCGUGGGUUCCGAUGUACUAUUAGACAUCGAUGAUGCGCUUAUGAGUUGUUGCCAAGUAGAUAAGAAAUCGUUUAGUUACAUCAAGGGAAUAAUAUUGCCUGACUGAUUAGUUUAUAACUAACUCUUUAUCCUAGUACGACUAGUUAUUUUCGUGAGACAACGAUGUAAUUCAUCCAACUAGCUAGUCUUGAUAUGAUUUUCACCAUCUAAAUAAAACAUGUAUGAUGUUUGUCGAUUUUCUGUGCAAGUAACAUUUGUAUAAUAAGAGUGUCACUUUUAUCAACCUAACAAGCAAGAAUAAUAAUUCCAGGUAUAUAGAAGUUAUCUCAUGCGUAUAUCCAAUAUAUCCAUUAACACAGUCCACAAACACAGACAAAAACCGCGUCCAUUAAUAAUAAAUGGGGUAUGGUGGCUAAAGCAUCAUAUUCUUAAUCCCACCAAAAAGAAUUAAUAAUCUCAAAUAAAGUGGAAGAUUCUGAUCAUCAUGUGUAUUUCCAGAAUACAUGGUAUGUGUAUUAUACUCAUGAAGUGAUGCAGUAUUACCCGCAGGAUGGUGUUGUAAGGAUUAUGAGAUCAACUGACACCAGAUAAAAAUAUUGAUUUCUUAUUUAGGAUGUGUUUGGAGGAAAAGAUUUGGGUUUUGAAUUUAAAAUUUUAAAUACAUAUGGAUGGUUUUUGGGUUUGUAUCAAGAUUAUGGGAAGAAUUUCAAAUAUAUAUCAACAAUGAAAUUUUUCAUAAAAAUAAAAACUUAUUUGUAAAAUUUUAAAAGUUUAGGUACAAUAAUUGUAAGGAAAAUCAAAUUUUAUACUCAAAUAAAUGUAGAUUUCCAAAAACUUUUUGAAAAAGGACCUAUAAAAUCUCAAAUACCAACAAGUUAUAAAUAAGUAUAAAAAUAGAAUUUGAAUUUUUAAAUUUAUAAUUUUAAAUGUAUGCAUUUAAAAUACAUCUAUCCAACUCACACCAUUAUAGGAUUUAUAAUUACUAUUUACAGUUUUUGAAAUAAAGUAGGGAUUCCUUUACAAGUUGUUAAAUAAAACAGGGAGCCAUGAGAACUCGACUAAGAUUUUGACUCACCACUUGGUCAUGAUAACUUGAUGAAUGACAUAACCAAGAUUUCAUUUUAACGAGAAUCCGAUUUUAGAGAAGAAAAAAAAAAACAAGAUCACAAGAUGGCUUUUUAUGAUUUAUUUUCAUUUGCAACUGGAAGUCUUAUCAUACGAUGGAAGUUAUGAUCAUAUCAAAGUUGGGUUUAGUCUGUAGGUAGUCGGUAGAUACAUAAGGGGAUAUUGCAAGGUUUAGGGUUUGAAAUCCAUUCUCAACAUCUAUUAUUCGAAAGCGGAUCAUAUGCAUAACUCUGCAUAACCCCUAUUUAUCAAGAGUGAAAUGAUUUGUAUAGGGCUGGACAACGAGAAAUAAGUAUUUGGGUAUACUCAUACCCGUCCCGUUUUUUAGGGUUACGGAUACCCAAAUAUCCGUUUUAUUUUUAAUGGAAUGGGAUUUGGGAUCAAAAUUCUUACUAUAGUAUAGACAUUACCUCUGCCUCCGAAGACCCCUUGAGCUUAUUCACCUGGACAUUAUCCAAGAACAUUUGCUUCCAUUAUGUUAGUCUAAACAUUGAACAACAAAACUCAUAUGUUUCCUUCGUAACCUUCGGCAACUUCCAUUUAUUAUAAGGCAAACUAAAAUCCAAAUCCAUAUAAGGCUUAUAAAUUUCCUAUAGAGUGGUUGGUGUGUGGAAAAUAGUGUCUAGUCGAAAAGAAGGAUUGAGACACGAUGAGAAAAUGGGGAGCACAGUGAACUGCACUAAAAAAAACAUUUACAGAUCGAACUUGCUGCCAGGUGUUGGUUAUAAUUUAAUGGACGGUUAUAUACGGAUAAUUUAGGUACCCGUUCCUGUACGGGUAACGGGUACCCGUUAACUUUUAUGGGAUGGACUUUGUUACUAAAACAGAAUCAGAUACCCAUUUUAAAUGGGACGGGCAUCUCAUCCCGUCUUGUUACCCACCUCUAUGAUUUUUACCACUAUGGAAAGGAUCGUAUCACCUCUGCUAAACACAAAUUAUGCAGGGUUAUGCACAAAUAGGUUAGGCAACCGACCUAGUCGUAGUAGUUACCGUGCUGAAUACUUUCAUCAACAAUGCGAAGUUUACCAUUUUAAACACUACAAGUUUACCAUUUCUAGACCUCUUUGUAAAAAAUGAAAGUUUAGGUACUAAAUUAAAAUAAAAAUUAAUUAGAGUACCACAAUGUAAUUUUUCAAUAAUUGUAUUUUGUAACCAGAAAUUUUAAAAUUAAAAUAAAGAGUCAUAAAAUAUAAAAUAUCAACAAAUUACAAAAUGAACAUUCAAAUAAAAAAAUUCUAAUUACAUAUAUUUAAAAUACAACUAUCCAAAUGCAACAUAUGGACAUACAUAAUUUUUCUGGUAUGAAACUGGGUGCCUCGUGUUAUGAAAAAGAAAAUUAUGAAUUUGACAAUAAUAAUGUAUCAUGUUGGCUGAUCUUUUGGUUGAAGAUGACAAUGAAGUUGCCCAUGUUUUCUCGGGCACGUUACAGAAACUCCCAUUAGAUCACUAUUUUCAUUUUCGUUGAUCUGUACAAGGAAUGAGUUGAUCAUGUGCUAGUUUUUUUUUUUUUUUCCUCUCCCUUUUCUCCUUUUAUGAUUUAUGAUCUUUUGGUGAGUUUAAGUAACCAUAGACUCGUAGGUGGAGAAGAUAAAUAGAUUGAGUUUAAGAUGAUUUGAUUGGAUUCAAGGAUUUUUUGAAUUUGGAUCAUAUCUAUAAGUGGAUGAUGGACUGAAUCAAAUGAAUUGGUGAAUUGAAUUUAUGGGUCUAAGUUACAUUUAAACAUUACACCAUUAUGUAAAUUUUGAAAAUUUUAGUAUUUAAAACUCAUACUCAUAGUAUGAUUGAUCGAUGAGAUUGUGUCAAGAGAUAAUUACUUGAUUGGUUAGUGAGAUUGAUCAAAUGAAAAAAAAAAAUUGAAGCAUGUGCAUGAAUACAGACGAAUUUGCAUGAUGAAUUGAUGAAAUUAUCAUGAAUUUCUCAUUUAUUUUUAUAACAUUUGUGUGUGACGAAUCGAUGAAAUUCGUAUUAUUUGUUUCAAAUAAAUUUAUUUAAAUUACAUGUUAUUAUCAUAUAUUUAUGUCCAUACAUUACCAGUAAGUCUAGCUCUUGGAUUUGAUUUGAGUACCUUAAACUUCAAUUUAGAAAAAAGAAAAUACAUUUUCAAUCUACAACUGUUUAGACACAUUUCAUUUUCUGCUACAAAUGUACUCAUAUCAACUACUACUCUAUAAGCUAGUUUCAAUUCAAAAUGGUUAUCUCUUCCACAAAUAAUUCUGAUCUCGUCAUCCCCACUAAUUCUUCUUUGUCUUGAGUUCCCCCCAAAGGUGAAAUCUCUCUGAGCACGACCGUAUGCAAAAGUGACAAUUUUACCAACCACAUUUUCCUAAACUAGAACAAGCAAUUUAAUGUCUAAAGCACAAAAACAAGUGAAAAAUAGCUUCAAAUUGGUCCAUUUGAAUUUGAUCAUGCGCUUGGCAAUUGCCAUCAUAUGCAUCCUGCCCUCCAAUUGGACAAAACCCAAUUCCCAAAUCUCUCCUAUAAUCCUAAAUAUUCACAAUCUCCAUUACCAUCAUCUUGCCAUGACCACCACCACCACCACCUGUUGGCGGCGGCGGCGGCGGUUUGGACAUGUUCUUUCCGGCGAAUCAUUUUCGCCAGUGGCAUAUAUAUUUAUAGUGGCAGCUGACUGAGAGCAUAUAAAAGAAGCUAUUCAUCUCUAGCUCUAGUAGACUGACUAGUAUAACUAGUAGUGCAGAGGAGGGGAAGGAGGAUAUUUGAGAAUGUGCUGUGUUAGGGAAAAGAACACAUCAAUCACAGAAUAAUUCUCUCUACCCUUUCUCCAUUCUGCUCAUUAUAUAUAACAAUGUUCAUUAGCUCCACCAUUGAAACACCACUCACCCUUCCUUCUCCCAGCUUCACCUCUUUGGAGUAAACCAAAACCCACAAACCAGAACUUUCUUAAAAGUGGGAAAGAAAUGGUGAAAUUUUCCAAGCAGUUUGAGGGUCAGCUUGUUCCUGAGUGGAAAGAAGCAUUUGUUGAUUACUGGCAACUCAAGAAAGACCUUAAGAAGUUCCAUCACCAUGAUCACCACACCACCACCAUUUCCCCAAACAACUGCAAUGGCAUUAGCACCACCAACAUCAGCAGCAGCAACUUGACCACUAAGUUGGUUGCUUCUCUUAAGAAACUCACUCAUAAUUUGGGCCAUGGACAUAGAGACCACCACCAUCAUGGAGCCAUUCAAGUGCAUAAGAAGCUGGCCUCCUCACUAAGUAAAGGCGACACGUAUGAGACCGAAUUGCUGGAUCAGUUUGAAGACAGUGUUGCAGUGAAGGACUUCUUUGCCUGCCUUGAUUUGCAGCUUAACAAAGUGAACCAAUUCUUCAAGUCCAAGGAGAAGGAGUUUGUGGAGAGAGGGGAAUGCCUCAUGAAACAAAUGGACAUCCUCAUUCAUCUCAAGACUGCACUCAAAAACCACCACAACAACAAGAAUUCUUCUCUGCCUCAGGAUUCCAAGGAUGAUCCAUCAAUUUCAUGCACCAUUACCUGUGAAGGAGAAGAGGAACAAGAGGAAGAAGAGAAAGAGCCAGAGGAGAAUGAGUCAGAGAAGGCUAGUGGUGAUGAAGCAGUGGACUCCCCAAGAAUGGAGAGAGAGGAUAUGAAGAUGAGAACAAUAUCGGGUCGGGUUUUCAGCUGCAAAGGCAAGAACUUGAGGCUCAACAUUCCAUUGACAACACCUCUGCGAACUUUCUCUGCAAUAAGCUAUCUGGUUUGGGGAGACAAUUCGGUGUCUUCGAAGAAAUGCAACCCUGAAGGAAGCAGGCUGCCUGUUCACAUCAACAAGACAAAGUUGCAUCAUGCUGAGAAGAUGAUUAGGGGAGCUUUCAUUGAGCUCUAUAAAGGCCUUGGCUAUCUCAAGACUUACAGGAACUUGAACAUGCUAGCUUUCAUCAAGAUUUUGAAGAAGUUUGACAAGGUGACUGGGAAACAAGUACUUACAAUCUACCUCAAAGUUGUUGAAAGCACAUACUUCAACAGCUCUGACAAGGUGAUGAAUCUGGCAGAUGAAGUUGAAGAACUGUUUGUGAAGCAUUUUGCUGAAGAAGACAAAAGAAAAGCCAUGAAAUAUCUUAAGCCACAGCAGCGCAAAGAAUCACAUAGUGUCACAUUCUUAAUUGGAUUGUUCACUGGGUGCUUCAUUGCCCUCCUAGCUGGAUAUGUGAUCAUGGCUCAUGUCACCGGAAUGUACAGACCGCAGCCAAGGCAAACAAACACAACAUUCUAUAUGGAGACUGCAUAUCCAGUCCUAAGCAUGUUCAGCCUCAUGUUCUUGCAUUUCUUCAUGUACGGCUGCAACAUUUUGAUGUGGAAGAGAACAAGGAUCAAUUACGCCUUCAUAUUCGAGCUGGCACCAACCAAGGAUCUCAAGUACAGAGAUGUGAUCUUGAUCUGCACAGCUGCGAUGACUAUUGUUCUCGGAGUCAUGCUUGGUCACCUCGCCCUUCUUGCAAAGGGCUACUCUUAUUAUUCCCACAUUCAAGCCAUCCCCGGGCUUCUCCUUCUGGUCUUUCUGGGGUUAUUAGUCUGCCCUUUCAACAUUUUCUACAAGUCAAGUCGUUACAGGUUCCUCUGCGUCAUAAGGAACAUUGUUUUAUCACCAAUGUACAAGGUUGUCAUGCUGGAUUUCUUCAUGGCAGAUCAACUCUGUAGCCAGGUGCCAAUGCUAAGGAACCUGGAAUAUGUAGCAUGCUACUACAUAACAGGAAGCUACAAAACCCAAGACUAUAACUACUGCAUGAAGGCCAAGCAUUACCGCGAUCUUGCUUAUGCAGUCUCCUUCCUACCCUACUACUGGCGAGCCAUGCAGUGUGCAAGGAGAUGGUUAGAUGAAGGGGAGACAAGCCACCUAGUGAAUCUAGGCAAGUAUGUCUCAGCAAUGUUAGCAGCAGGAGCCAAAGUGGCUUAUGAGAAAGACAGCAGCGUCGGAUGGCUAUGUGUUGUUGUGGCCAUGUCGAGUGCUGCAACUAUUUACCAGUUGUAUUGGGACUUUGUAAAGGACUGGGGCUUGCUCCAGAUGGACUCCAAGAAUCCAUGGCUAAGGAACGAACUGAUGCUGCGACGAAAAUUCAUUUACUAUUUCUCCAUGGGACUAAACCUUGUUUUGAGGCUAGCUUGGUUGCAAACGGUUCUGCAUUCGAGCUUCGAACACGUAGACUACCGGGUAACGGGGCUCUUCUUGGCUGCUUUAGAGGUCAUCAGAAGAGGCCACUGGAAUUUCUAUAGGUUGGAGAAUGAGCAUCUAAAUAAUGCUGGAAAGUUCAGAGCUGUGAAGACAGUUCCACUUCCAUUUCAUGAAGUAGAUGAAGAAGAUUGACUGAUCAAAAGAUAGAAGAUGCCCUUUGAUUUGCCCUUCCUCCAACACCAUUGGCGCCCAUUAUUCCUUUGCUUGCCAAAUUGGUAGCUGAGGUGCCUCAUUUAUACUAGCUCAGCUUGGUUUUAGAAAGGGAUCAUGGAAUUUUCCUUUUUUUUAUCCUAGAGGACUUAUGGGAUGAUGAUGAAUCCCCAUGCUUCAGAUAUGUCAUUCUCGUUGUUUGUGUCACAAGGCAUCAUUCACUUCGAACUUUGUCCCUUUUUUAUCGGUUCCAAGGAACUUGGAGGAAGAGAAAUGAGAGUACUUAAGUAGUAGUAGGAGAAGAAGGCUCAUACUUUGUACACAGAAUUUAUCCAUGGCAUGGGGAAUGAAAAGGAGUAAAAACA